AUGGUCGUUAUGCAUGGUUGUCCCUCUGGUGAGCUCUUUGCUGCUGUAUGCGGGGCUGUUCCUGUAGAUUACGCACCGAAGCAGCAGGCUCGUGAUGGCGAGGAUUACCUCUAUUUUAUGCUCGCUGGCCUCGCCGAGGGUGACUUCCAGGUCUGGACUGACUGCGAGGGGACUCCGGGGUGUGUCUGGGACCGUUGGCCCUCGGUCAGCUCUGGCAACCCUAGGGCCCACCUGUGGUCGAGAGUUUGGCACGUGUUCGAGGAUGGGCUGACUGCACACAAGACCUUGGGCCACGCCAGUUUCAAUGAUAUAGUCGAAGGCCGCUCCGCCCACUUUGAGAGAGGGAAGCAAGCACGCGGAUCGAUUCGCGAAGCUUGGAGCGGCGUCACAUCCGUCGGUCGACAGUGCUCAGGCUAG